AUGUCCGAAAUCACCUCAAACGGCACCAAAAAGCGCAAACUCACUACCAAGUCUUGUAAGAGAGAUGCUGCCAUUAUUGGUUUGCCAAAUGAGACUCUUUCACCGAAAGCUCCUGGAAGAAGUGCUACAACAAAGUUGGAAAAUGGAAAUACUGCAGGUUUAAAAACUGAAUCGGGCUCGCUAGCUGUCAUCGACUUGACUGAUGACGACGAGGUACUAUCUCCCGUGAAACGAGAGCAUAGGUCAAAUGAUUCAGAUGCUCCAAACGUUCUCUUUGAAGUCACACCAGUACCGGAAAUGGCAGAAAGUGUACAGAAUGUAUCAGAGAAUACAGUGCAAAUGCCCACAAUAAUGAGACGAAUGCCUUUGACGCAGAAUUUGCAUCUUCCUCCUCAACCACACACAAAGUUUGAGUAUCGUUUCUUGCGCGACAGUCUUGGAGGGCGUCGCAUCACAGACGGAUGGUACUCGUCAAAUGGAUCGAAAGAAGCGUUUGCCAACAUUGGUCCUUACGGUUUGAUGAACCGCGAAUUUGACCCUCUUCUACCUUGUCUUCCUGGUAUACAUGGUGCUCAGAUCUCGCCAUGCCUACCACCGAACAAAAUAGGUCAAACGUUUCCUCUUUUCAUCAGCGAUAUUGGCGACUCACAAUUUCAAUAUUAUGGAACAUAUGAAGUCAUGGUAUCUGAUCGUCUUGGUCACAAUCAAAUGCUCGAGCUCCCAGAGCAGAUCAAACGUCAUUGGGCACGAAAGCUUGGCGCAGGUUCUGCUCAUGGUUCAAAAGCUUCUCCUAUUAUUUAUGCAUUGAGAUAUAUGUGGCCCAGAAAGAUAUGUGGAUGGUGGAAUGCGGAGAAUGACAGCUAUACUGAUCAAGAGGGCAGUGAAAUGGAAUCAAUAGACUCUUCGUCGAGGACUAUCACCAAAGAAGAGGCCCAGGAUAUCACAGAGGGGGCAGUCAUGGCAGCUUUCGAUAGACCCGAUUUGGAUGAUCCUCCAGGAGUUUCAUUGUACUAUGAAUACCUCAAGUGCGUCGGCUACGAUCUUGAGCUACAUCACACAUUGGUGACCAACAUGAACGAGCUAUGA